AUGUGCAAAACAAACUCGCCAAACUGGCCGUCGUCAAAGCCCAGCUCGGCCGCCGACUUCUUUUGCUCGUCCGGCUGCGGCCGGGACGCCAGACCCAGCACGCUCGGAUCGCCGACCGACCGACGGUUGGCCGUCCGGCGGUUUGGCGGCGGCGGCGGGGGCAGCGAAAAGGGCGACGAGGAUGACGAGGAUGACGAGGGCGGUGGUGGCAGAGAGAAGCCGCCGAGGCCGCCGCUUGCUGAUGAGGAUGACGAGGCCGUCGUCUCGCUCCGGCGGCCAAACUUGCUCGACCCGCCGAGCCCCGGCGGCAGCCCCGUUUGCCGACGCCGCCGCCGACGGCCGGGCCGCCGUGGCCCCGGCCUGCUCAGCGAAGCCGCGGACGGUCUUGCGUGCUUCCUGCAGGGCGACGCCAAAAUCAAAGGCGUCCGGCCGCUCCUCAAAGCCAAUACCCAGCACGGCGCGGCGGCCCUGCCCGUCCUGCACGCGCACGGCAAAGAAACGCGAGCUGUCGAGGGCGGGCUCGACGACGCCGGGCUCCGUGUAGGGCGCGGCCGCAAACAGCUGGCCAUUCGACGGGUCUUCGAGGAUGACGUCGACCUUGACGUCUUCCGCGGACGCGUCCGCAUCCGCGUCGUUGUUGUCGUCGUCGUCCUCUCGGUCGACCCCCGUCUCCAGCACCCGCAGCCGGGCGGUAAAGAUGUGCCGCUUGGGGUCCUCGGUCCAGGUGGCGGCCGUGUAGCCCUUGGUCGACGUCAGCGGCGGGAUCUGGUAGACGUGGACCUUGGGGCCGAUGAAGAGGACGCGCUGGAUGGCGUUGGCCGGCAGCGGCUGGCCGGUGGUUGGGUCGACGGCCGACAUGAUCUUCCCGAUGCGGCAACCGCACUAUCUCGACUUCACUUCCAUUUGAACGGCAUCUGCGUCUUUUUCGGCAUCCAAACCACCCACAGCCACCGCUGUAUGCUGCCGCCCGUGCGCCAUCCCGCCGCGCUCCCUCCAUUCUCGAUCCGCUUCUUCGUCGUCCGCUUCGGUGUCCGCACAAUGGCCGCCUCCGACGCGGCCGCACCGGCACCAGCUGCCGACACAGAAAAGUCGACGACGACGACGACGACGACGACGACGACAACCGCAACGGCAUCGACAUCUAACGCAGCAUCCCAGCCAGAGGCCGGCCCUGGCGACACCUACGAUGUCGUCGCCACGUACCACCGCCUGCUCGCCGAGGACGCGGACCUCACCAAGCCCAUUGCCGCCAUCGAGGCCCUCAUCGACGUGCUGCGCCAGACCACGUCGUCGACGGCCAUGGAGACGUACGAAAUCGCCAGCGCCCAGGUCAAGCGGCUGCUGGCCGCGGUGCCCAACGCGCUGCCGCUCGAGGCCGGCACCAGCCUGUUUACCAAUUUCCUGAGCAUGUCGAUGCGCCAGCCGGCGCUCGACGACGCGGCCGCGCGCUCCGUCACGGCCGGCCUCGACAGCUUCGACAAGCUGCGCCAGCACCUGCUCGACAACAGCCAGCUCUUUGUGCAGCGCGCCAAGGAGGCCCGCGACCAGAUUGCCGAGCGCGGCUGCCGCCUGGUGCGCGAGGGCGACGUCGUCUUGACGGCCGGCGGCUCGCGGGCGGUCCUGGCCCUGUUUUUGAAGGCGGCCGAGCGCCUGACGUUGGGGGCCGCCGGGGCAGAAGGGCCCGCCCCCUUCUCCGUGCUCUACGUCUGCGACGAGCGCUCCCGCGACGAGGCGCAGCGCGCCAUGGCCCGCCUGCGCGCGCACCGCAUCCCCGUCUUCGAGGUCGACUACGGCAGCGUCGGCUAUGCCAUCGAGGCCCACGGCGUGCGCUCCGUCUUUGUCGGCGCCGAGGCCGUCACCCACGACGGCAAGCUGGUCUCGCGCAUCGGCACCUACCCGCUGGCCGUCCUGGCCGCCGCCGCCCGCCCCGCCUGCAACGUCUACUGCCUCGCCGAGACGCACAAGUUUGUCCACAAGCUGCUCAUCAACAACAAGCACCUCAACCGCAUCGGCAUCGUGCAGGACAUCAUCCCGCGGCCCGUGCCCACGCGCGCCGGCGUGCCCGUCACCACGAAGCCGCCCAUGCCCUACAAUGAGCAGGUCGAUGUGACUCCCCCCACGCUCGUGACAAACUUUGUCACAGAAAACGGCAUCAUCGAGACCUCGGGUGCCUACCGGAUCGUGUCAUAUUGA